UUUAAGACUGCAAAACAUUUCAGGUGUAGCCAAAUUGUGCAAAGUCACAAAAAGAUUAGAUAAAACAGGAUAAGAUCUGUUAGUUGAAGGGACUUUCACUAAUUCUAUCUUGAUGAGCUACACGUCAUUACAGUACAAGUUAAUCAUUUGCAUUAUCAUUGUGCAACUGCCCUGACUUGUUGGUAUAGAGAUCAAUGUUACAGAAAUUGUGUAAAUCUGCAUAGAUGCUUGUUAAUCAAAUGUUCUGUUAAAGGUGUUCAGGGACAAACAAACAGCAUCUGUGCCUUGAAAGGUUCAUCAGUAAAUCUGUCCUGCUCACAUCAACAUCCAACUUCAAGCAUGAACUGGUACAGUGUAUACAGGGGGGGCUUGAAGAUUGAGACCUCUGCAGAUGGAAAGUACAGCAUGUCAGCAGAGAGUAACUUGACUCUGACAGUCAACAAUCUAGCAGAGAAUGAUGCAAACAUUUACUGCUGCAGAGAACCUGCUGACAAAACAGACUGUGGCCAAAGGGGAAUUUCUCUCAGUGUUGCAGAGCUGCAGGUAAAGGUGAUUCCUGCCACACAGGGACAGACAGUAACACUGAUGUGCAGCAGCAGCUGUCCUCUGACUGAAAAGCCUGCAGCCUACAUCUGGUACAAGAACAGAGAGUUUCUCUAUGAGGACUGGUCUCCCUGGUACCAAGAGCUGCUCAGCAGUGAGGAAGCAGUCACAUACUCCUGUGCUGUCAAAGGCUACGAGGAUCUCAGAGCCCCUGAAGUCUCUGUGGAUUCCAUCACAUCAAAAUGCUUCAAUGUGACUUUCACUAAAAGCGAAAUGUGUCCUUAUCAGCAGGGAUCAGAACAUGAGCUUUGUUCCAUCACAUUUCCCAGAGUGGUACAUGUUGUAAGGACACCUGGGAACACACUGACCUGUAGCACCUCAUGUCCUCUGAUCGAACCUCAAACUGUCUAUGUGUGGUAUGAAAAUGGAAAACUUUAUAGGGAAAAUAUAACGAGCAUUUCAACUCCAAGUUCUUUGAAAAACAACUUUUACUGUGUAAUUAAAGGUCACGAGCAUCUUCAAUCUGAUGAAGUCUGUGUUCAGGAUAAAAACUGCUGGACAGUGAAUUAUGUCAGCAGGAGAAUCUGUGCUCUGGAAGGAUCUUCAGUCAACAUCACAAGUGAAUACUCACAUCCUGAUAACAGGAAGCCAGAGUUUAAAUUAUGGAUUAAAAAAUGGAGAACAGGUGAUAAGGAACGGAUUGAGCCUUCAGGUCGUGUGGAGUAUCACGACAACGUGAAGAACCAACACAUCCUGACCAUCAAAAACCUGACGAAGAAUGACUCAGGAGAAUAUACAUUCAUCCUGAAACAACAUGAUAAAGAACUGAAACUGCCUGGAGUCUUUUUGAUUGUCACAGAGCUGAGAGUGAAGAUGAGUCCUUCUGCAGUGGUGACAGAGGGUCAGAGAGUCACACUGACCUGCAGUACCAGCUGUCCUCUGACUGACAACACAAACUACAUUUGGUACUUGAACAGUCAACCUCUGAACAUGACAGAGACACACAACAAACAUCUGAUCCUAGACGCAGUCAGCAGGGAGAAUAUAAGAAAUUAUUCCUGUGGUGUUAAAACCAACAAGGAUAACACCACAGCUCAAUGGCUACCAGCAGCUGCAGGUGGUUUUGCAGCUCUCCUGUGAAUAAUAAUAAUACUUCUCACUGUGUUCUGCUGCCAGAGUAAAAAGAAGGCUUCCAGUCAUUCUCCAAAGAGUGAAAUAUCAGACAACAAACAGCAGGUCAGCCUUAAUCCCAUAUAUGGAAACAACCCAGCUCAGCACAGCAGGAUGCUUGACACCAUGAACCACGAAGCUCAUCUCUAUCCCAAUGAAGUUGAUCUCUAUUCCAAUGGUGCUAGUCUCUACUGUAACCUCUAAUAUUGAGUCAUUGCCUACAAGAAAAGCACCACAGUUGAUGAGUCCAGAGUGUUAAACAAUCACAGUCUAUAGUGGAAAUAUAAGGUAAAAUACAGUAGAAAUUAGUAAAAAAGUAAAAAUGCAUAGGGUUUUCAAUUUAAAGAUAGCCUACGAUAUUACAUGUUGCAAAA